UUUUCUUUACUAUUUUAAAAUAAAUGAUUUAAUUUGACAAAUACAUACAAACUAUUGUGGUAUGACUUAUUAAACAUAUAUGGUAAAAUAAGUCAUAUUUAUAUCAUUAAAAGGAUAAAACCCGGUCUCUGUUAUGCAGUCGGACACAGAUUAUGGUGGGACGACAUCCAGUCGCUCUCGGGGAAAGAAGAAAACUGCUCCAGUACCAGCUGUGGACUCAUCAUCAUCAGGAGCAGGCGAAGUGGGAGAAGGCCACUCCACACGUCCACAAAGACAGGCGCCUAAUGGCAGGGGGAAAAGAAGCAGCACUGCUCCCGCAGCACACAUUAAUCCCAAGAAAAAGGCCACGGAUGGCGAUGAAGAAGAGGAGCAAGUUGAGAAGAAGUUCAGGAAGUGUGAGAAAGCUGGCUGCCCUGCUACCUACCCUGUGUGUUUCGCCAGCGCAUCAGAAAGAUGUGCAAAAAACGGCUACACGUCUCGAUGGUACCACCUCUCCUGUGGAGAACACUUCUGUAACGAAUGCUUCGACCACUAUUACAGAAGUCAUAAGGAUGGUUAUGAGAAGUACAUAUACUGGAAGAAGCUGUGGACAGGAAAUGGCAAGAGCGAACCAAGUCUAAAGGCAUUCAUGGCUGACCAACAGCUUCCUUUCUGGGUGCAGUGUACAAAGCCAGGCUGUGGAAAGUGGAGGCAGCUUACCAAAGACACUCAGCUAACAGCUUCAGUGGCUGCUACAUAUCGCUGUGGCAUGAAGCUUAACAAUGUUAAAAGUGAAGGACAGAAUCAGUGUUCUCAGCCCGAAGACCAGAGAGUGGCCGGAGUGAGUGACAGUUGGUGGCCCUCUAUGUUGAUCUUACCACCGCUGCUGAAGGACAGCCCGGCAAAUCCUUUCCUCACCGCUUAUUACCCUGACUGUGUGGGCAUGAGCCCAUCCAGCUCCACCUGUGAUUUACGACCGGAGCAACGGCGCAAUAUUCAGCAGCCACAGAUUCCAGGUCUUUGCCCAUACUUCCAGCCUUUCUACCAGCCCAACGAGUGUGGCAAAGCUCUGUGUGUGCGGCCAGACAUGAUGGAGCUGGAUGAGCUCUACGAAUUCCCAGAUUUCUCCCGGGACCCCACUAUGUACCUCGCUCUACGCAACCUGAUCCUGGCCAUGUGGCACAGAGACUGUAAGGAGGCUCUGAUGCCACAGAAGUGUGCCCCUCAUGUGAUCGUACGAGGGCUGGUACGAGUGCGCUGUGUUCAGGAGCUCCAUAAAGUUCUCCACUUCAUGACCCGCAAAGGUUUAAUCAACACCGGAGUGCUGCUCACCAAACAACCUCUCCUCCCAGAGCUGUACCGCAAAGUGAAGGUGUUGGUGAUUGGUGCUGGAGCUUCAGGCCUCGCUGCUGCCAGACAGCUGCACAACUUCGGCAUGCAGGUGGUGGUGUUGGAGGCAAGAAAUCGAAUAGGAGGCCGAGUUUGGGAUGACAAGUCGCUGGGCAUUACUGUAGGCAGAGGAGCACAGAUUGUUAAUGGAUGUGUCAACAAUCCUAUUGCUCUUAUGUGUGAACAGCUGGGAGUGAAAAUGCAUAAACUAGGCGAUCGCUGCGAUCUGAUUCAGGAAGGCGGCCAAGCUACUGAUCCCACUAUAGACAAGCGCAUGGACUUCCACUUCAACGCCAUACUGGAUGUGAUCUCUGAUUGGAGGAAGGACAAGUCACAACAUCAGGAUGUCCCGCUUGGGGAGAAGAUCCAGGAGGUGUACAAGACAUUUCUGCAGGAGUCAGACAUCCGGUUUAGUGAGCUGGAAGAGAAAGUGAUGCAGUUUCACCUCAGCAACCUGGAGUAUGCCUGCGCGAGCACACUGGAACAGGUAUCUGCUAGAUCUUGGGACCACAACGAGUUCUUUGCACAGUUCUCGGGCGACCACACACUGCUGACUCCUGGCUACUCCACUCUGCUGCACAAACUAGCACAAGGCCUCGACAUUCACCUCAGCACACCGGUAAAGUCGAUUGAAUACUCAGGCGAUGUUGUUAUGGUCACCACCUCAACUGGAACUCAGUAUUCAGCUCAAAAGGUAUUAGUGACAGUUCCGUUAGCUCUUCUACAGAAGAACAUUAUCCAGUUCAACCCUCCCCUUCCAGACAGAAAGCUUAAGGCCAUUCACAGCCUGGGGGCAGGUAUCAUAGAGAAGAUUGCUCUGCAGUUUCCCUACCGGUUCUGGGACAGCAAGGUCCAGGGAGCGGAUUAUUUCGGCCACGUCUCACCAAGUCCUGAGAACCGAGGCCUUUUCAGUGUGUUUUACGACAUGAGACCAAAGGGACAGCAGUGUGUGUUGAUGUCGGUUAUAACCGGAGAGGCUCAGGCCAGACUGAGAGAACUUGAGGACAAAGAAGUGAUUGAGCUGUGCAUGAACGUCCUCAGGGAACUCUUUAAGGACCAGGAGGUUCCAGAUCCGCUGAAGUACUUUGUGACGCGAUGGAGUAAAGACACAUGGGCUCAGAUGUCAUACAGCUUCGUCAAGACAGGGGGCAACGGGGAGGCCUACGACAUCAUUGCUGAAGACAUUCAGGGGAAGGUCUUUUUUGCCGGCGAGGCCACAAACCGACACUUUCCUCAGACAGUAACCGGUGCUUAUCUGAGUGGAGUGCGAGAGGCGAGUAAGAUUGCAGCAUUGUGACGGAGCUGAAUGACUGUUGGAGCUCUCUUUAUUUUGAAGCAGGCUUAUUUAAAACCCCAGUCAGGAAUUACAACGUGCGCUGUGUCGAUAUUUAUAACUGUAGCACUACUGCACUCAGUAUGAUGUACAAUAGUGUACACAGUCUGGAAAAGAUGAGGGUGUGUUUAGUCAAGCUGUGUGAUGUUAGUACUGUAGUGUAAGUGUUCCUCAGUUGGUUAGAAAUGUGCAAGCAUUAUUUCCUCUAAACACAUUUAACCCUGGAACAUCAACCAGAGUCCAGGUACUGAACUAGCAGGUUUCCGGUUCCAGCCCCUUUUACCGCCAUGCUGCUACUUUUGGGCUCCUGAGCAAGGCCGUUGACCUUCAGUUGCGGUCGCAAUUAAAAGUCGCUUUGGAUACGUGUCGUAAAUCUAAAUGAUAAAAACAAAACUGACAUUAAUUGAUUUAUAGUGCUGUCAUGAGGAGUUUGGGUUCUAGAGAAUAGAAAGCUUUGGGUAUGAAAUGAGUACAUCAGUCCAUAUUGAUCGAAAAUGAUUUAGUACUUGCUUCAGUUAUGACGACUGACUUUUCUUUAUAAAAAAAAAAUGUAAUAUAUAUAUAUACUGUAAUUUAUACCAGUGUUUGUCAGUUGUUUGCUUUUUCAAUAU